AUGUGUCAAGUCAACGUCGACACUCUGGAUAAAAUAGCAGAUGCAAUCUACUCUAAAACAGUGGAAGUGACCCGAAAACACACAGAAGCUGCCGCCGCCUCCAUCAAAGCUACCUAUUGUUGGAACUAUGCAUCAUUUGACAGGCACAAUUUCUGUCAGGCAAGAUCAUAUGUUAUAACUCUUCAGAUAUUGCUAUCUGUCAAUAUGGUGACGACUGGAGACAGGUGUAAAAUAUGUGCUUUGGCACUCCUCACUGCUAAACGUGUCUGGUCAUUUAGCUCCAUCUGGCAAGAUGAGGCUUUGCACCUCAUUACUUCAAUUAAGGAUCUAGCUGUUACAGGAGAAUCAAUCAAUCUAACAGAAAAUCUCCUCUCUUAUACAAGAUCUGUGCUCUGCAGAACAGCAAUCAUUACGAUGAAUUUGAGAAAGAAUGUUUGUUUUAACGAACAAUUUUGGCUUUUGAUGCUGGAUAUGUUUUCUGCGGGAAAUAAAACUUCAUCAGCAACAGUUAAAUGGGCAAUCUCAGAGGUGAUUAGAAAUCCAAGAGUGAUGGUCAAGGCACAAAGUGAAAUACAGAAAGCCUGCAUGGGAAAGAAAACAGCUGAAGAAAGUGAUAUUCAAGAACUAAAGUACUUAAUAAUAAAAGAAACUUUGAGGAUACAUUCCCCCCUGUUGAUUCCAAGAGAAUGCAGGGACGAAUGUGAAAUUGAUGGGUAUAUAAUUCCCGUUAAAACAAGAGUCAUGGUCAAUGCUUGGGCAAUCGGAAGAGACCCUGAUGUAAGACUUACCUCCUUUAGAGGCAAAUUAUGA